AUGCACGAGAACGGCAUAAUCGCAAUCGUCCUCGUUGUCGCCCUCGGCACAGCUGGCCUUCUAUGGCUGUACAUCCUACGUCUCCGGGUAAACAUGCGACGCGAGAUCGUCGUGAUACGAGCCCAGUCCCAGAAGCGACGCAUGAGAGAAGCCGCCGCCGCAACUGUCGUAGCCGCAAACCAGGAACGUAUUGUUCAGCAGGAAAGACAGGCGAGACGGGAAAGCCGCGCGAGAAGCCGCGCUAGGAGCCGAGCUCGAAGCCGGGAGAGGUCCCCGGGGAGACGGAGGAUGCUUUCGCCGGCGGAUGUGGAGGAAAUCAGAAGAGCGAUGAGUGAGAAGAGACAGGGAGGGAGUGACAAGCACAGUCAGAAAGGGAAGAAAGAUGGAGGUGCACGGUCUACAAAGGGGUCUGUGAAGAAAGGCUCUAGGGCUGGGUCUACAAGGCCUCAAGAGGCGGAUAACGAAUGGGGACAGCAGCCUCAGGAGAGCCAAAAUGAGUGGGGGCAGGAUAAUAAUAACGGGGGAAAUGAUGGUGGCCAGACUGUCAAUGAUGAAUGGGGUGAUAACCAGAAUGGGGGAGGAAACGAUGCCCAGGAUUCUGGAGGGCAGCAGGAUAACCAGGGUUGGAGUAACGAGGGAAACAACAACGAUAACAACGACCAAGGUCGAGAAAACCAGGGAGGAUGGGGUAACAAUGAUGAUCAGCAGCAGGACAACAACAAUGGGGAUUCAUGGCAGCCUGACGGUGGAAAUAACGACAAUAAGAAUGAUGGGCAGAACGACAACAAUGGGGGCGGAUGGAGUGCCGAAGAUCGGGCGAAUAACAACGACAAUAAUAACAACGAUCAAGGAGGAAACUCGGGAUGGCAGGCAGCUAAUGUGACGGCGCAAGAGAGCGAAGCAGCACCAGCCCCUGAAGGGGGCUGGUGA